AUGUCCACGAUUCUUGAAGACAAGACGGCAGAUGCCGUCGCGGAGAUCGCUCAUGACUCCGUCCUCGCCGCGGAGCUUGUCAAUGAGCUCGCAGCGGCGGAGGGUAACCUCCCUGUCAUGGAAUCCAUGAAGAUUUACGCCAAGGCCGUCUUCUGGUCGCUCUUUGUCUCGAUGGGUGUAAUCAUGGUCGGCUACAACUCUCAAAUCAUUCUUUCCCUCUUCGCUCUCCCUGCUUUUGUCAAUAAGUACGGCACCACGACUGCUAACGGCACCAAAACCUUGACGGCAGGAUGGCAGAUUGCCCUCAGCAUGUGCUACAUUGGCGAGGUGAUCGGAGCUCUCGGUAUCGGGUGGUUUUAUGACCGGUAUGGCCGCAAAAACACCAUGAUCGCUUGCAAUUUUGCCUGCAUUGCCGCCAUUUUCAUAAUUUUUUUUGCUCCCAACGCUACUGUCUUGACCGUCGGUGAAGUCAUUGCAGGCAUUCCAUGGGGCGGCUUUACGACGAUUGCCCCAUUGUAUGCUGCUGAAGUGAGCCCAGUUGCCCUCCGAGGCAUGCUGACCGCGUUCAUCAAUAUGGCCUGGAUUAUCGGUCAAUUGGUUGGCCAAGGUGUCACAAAGGCUACCUCGAGUCGGGUGGACGAAUGGGGAUAUCGCAUUCCUUUUGCAAUCCAGUGGGCAUGGUGUGUGCUGCUUGCUAUCGGCAUCCCAUUUGCUCCAGAGUCGCCCUGGUACCUGGUCCACAAAGGGCGAAAAGCCGAAGCAAAGAAGUCCCUGCUGCGCCUGGUUUCGGCAAACAGUCCUGUCAACAUCGACCAGCAAAUCGAAGUCAUCGAAAAGACAGACCAGCUGGAGCGUUCCCUGCAGGAGUCAUCGACCUACAUGGAUCUAUUCCGAGGAGUCAAUCUCCGCAGGACCGAAAUCGCCAACAUCGCUUAUUGCUCACAGGUGCUGAGCGGCAUCCCUCUCUCCUGGUAUUGCAACUACUUCUUUACCUUGGCCGGCUUGUCUACCGUUCAAUCAUUCAAUUUGGGCGUUGGUAACACUGCCGUGGGGUUCGUGGGUACAGCGUGCACCUUCUUCUACCUAAGUUAUGUAGGACGGCGGAAGGCAUACGUCAGUGGUCUGACCAUUAUGACCACCAUCAUGUUUGUAAUUGCCAUCCUCGACGUGCUGCCGCAUUAUGGAUCGCACCCAAGUUACAGCUGGGCGCAGUCCAUCUUGCUUAUCGUCUGGAGCUUCUUCUACCAACUCACCGUUGGGCCUUUGUCUUAUGUCUAUAUCAGUGAAGUGCCAUCCACAAAGCUGAAGGGCCGCUCUAUUGCGCUUAGCACCGCUGCAUUCUUCUUUGCCAUGAUUGUCGUGAGUGUUGCUUUGCCAUAUCUGUUUAAUCCAGGUGCUGCGGACCUGCGAGGCAAAGUCGGGUUCGUAUUUGGAGGAACGUCUCUGGCCACACUCAUCUGGGCCUACUUUCGCCUACCGGAAACCGCAGGCCGCAAAUACGCAGAGAUUGACUACAUGUUCGAGAACAAUGUGCCCGCUAGACACUUUGCCAAGUACCAGGUUGCGGGGUUUUCAAAUGCAGAGGAAAAGUGA